CUCCAAGCCGGAGUAAAGAGAACCAAACUCAGUUCCACAGGCAAGGGGAGCCUGAAGAUGAGUACAAGGAAUGCUUCUCUCUGUAUGACAAGCAGCAAAGAGGGAAGAUCAAGGCCACAGAUCUUCUGGUGUCCAUGAGGUGCCUAGGGGCCAGUCCCACGCCCGGGGAAGUGCAGCGGCACCUGCAGACUCAUGGGAUAGACAAGUACGGAGAGCUGGAUUUCUCUACCUUCCUGACCAUCAUGCACAUGCAAAUCAAGCAAGAGGACCCGAAGAAAGAAAUCCUUCUGGCCAUGCUGAUGGCAGACAAGGAGAAGAAAGGUUACAUCAUGGCGUCUGAGCUGCGGUCGAAACUCAUGAAACUGGGAGAGAAGCUCACUCACAAGGAAGUGGAUGAUCUUUUCAAGGAAGCAGGCAUCGAACCAAACGGCCAAGUGAAAUAUGACACAUUUAUCCAGAGGAUCACCGUUCCAGUGCGAGACUACUGAGGGAGCCGAGAUCAAGGGAGCAGAGGAUGAGAGCCUCCAGGUCCUGAAAACCUGGACUGAUUGCUUUUUGUAAGGGAAGUCUAGAGAUGGCACAACCACUGCAUGGCAUAAGUACCAAUAAAUGAUGUAGCCAUGGCAUUGGAUGACUGUAAUAAGGUCUGUCUUGAUUUUGGUACUAACAUUAGUCUAGCCCUUUGCAGCAUAGUCUAGCCCUAUGAUUUGCAGUUAGGGUUGUGUGCCAGUGCUGCCUCUGUAACAUCAUCCCCUUACCCAUUGUACUUCUCAAAGCCUUUGGUCCUCACAGGGAUGAAGAUUGUGACUGAAAAGAAUUGGUUGGCAACUUCAGAGCAUAUGGAAUUGGUGUUUCUGUGGUAGUGUUUCUCUAAAAGAACAGUCUGCCUAGAAGACCAGUCUACUUUUGGGUGCAAGAACAACCUUCGACAUGUCUAGGAUAAAACCAAGGUUGGCUGGGAACAGGCAACAAGCACAGAGUGCGUACACACGCAUGCACACACUUGCACACACAUACAGAGCAACAAACAUAGAGCACAGACAUACAGCAACAAACUGUGUGCACAAACAUAGAAUAAGCAUAUAGCGUGUGCGCGCGCGCGUGCACACACACACACACACACAAGACACACAAUAAACACAGCGCAUGCACACGGACACACCCAUUUCCUUUCUGGAGUUUCAUUUAUUUGUUCUCAUUUCUUAUAGUUCUACAAUCCCACUGAUAAAUCCUCAUUUUUUUCCAUCUCACUGGCCAGACCAAGUGUAGGAUGCUUUUUCAUAAAGAGGUAUAAAGUGUAAACAAACAUUAGAGGAGUGUAGGGUCGGCUGAGUAGUGGGGAGAGCCAACUUUAUAUCCCACACCAAAGGAAGUGGGAGGCCUUGCAGAGUUAAGCAGUUUGCUGAAGCUGGGUCCAGGGCCACUGUUAGGUUAAAGGAACUAGGAUGGUCUGCUCAAGUGACCUGCGGUGAUCAUGACUUUCAGCUAUUCUCUUGAGACUCACAGAAUGAGGAGAUUUAUCAUGCCAUGGCCAGAAUCUGAGAGGCCCUGAAGUCAACAGUGGGAACCAGUGUCCUAGCCAGGAUAUCCAGGAAACCCACGGAACACUCCAGCAGAGGUAGGGGGCAGAGCUCUAAACAUGAAGACCUUCAUUCCUUUGUGUCAGGACUGCCUGUGGCUUUGUGCCUUAUAUGAAAGUAGAAAGACAUAUCAAGACACAAGGUCUCUUGGGAAGCAGACAAGACACACAUCUUACUAAGGGCUAGGCUCUGGAAACACUCCAGGGAACUAAACACUGGCAGCCUGGGUUCAGCUACCUCACAUAGCCUGGAUGGCUCAGACCAAACAGAAGACAAUUGAAGGGAGAGCCUCAUUCCUGGGAGUAGAUACUAUGUGUCCCCUGAGUAGCUUGAUUAUAAACAACCUGGCAAAUUUCUUUAAUCCAAAAACCAAACCAAACCAAACCAAACCACCACCACCACCAACCUCCCUAAAACAAAGCAAACAAAACAAACCCUAAAAAGCUAAAUAAUAGUGGCACAUCCCUUCAAAGAGGAUGGAGUCUAACAUGAGACACAAUAUUGGCAAGAGCCUGUCUGGGAAACACAAAGAUAAAAAUGUAGAAUUUCUGGGCUGUUUUAGGGAGCCUGCAAGAAGUAAGUACAGA